GUGACGUUCCCCUUGACUGGUGUUUCACACUUGCUCUGGCGCGCGCAAGGCGAGGACACUUGCCGCGGUGGAACCGGAACCGGAAAGCGGGGGAACACAGCGAGCCACAAUCAACCGAACGAACGUCGCCCGAAAAUACGCCAAACGGAACCACCAAUCAAACGAUUGCUCGGGUUUGGAAGCGGAUCAGUGCGGAAAAGUGCCCCCCCUUUGUUGUCCACCAGCCUCUCCCCCUUAUCUCGCUACCUGCAACCACGCCAUGACUUCCGUGGACAACGACAGCAACGUUCCGGUGGAUCCGCGUGUACAGAUUGAGCUGGAAAAGUUGAACGAGGCAACGGACAACAUCAACAAGCACGAGGUAGACUUAGAUGAAGCGAAAAAUGAGUUCCGCGAGCUGCUGAAGGAAAGCGCGGAGAAAAUCAAAGCCGUCGCCAAGAAGGUCGGCAACUCGAUCGACGCGGCCAAACCGUACUACGAGGCGCGGCUGUACGCGUCGCAGCUCGCAAAGGAAACGCAGCAAUGCGCGCUCAACUUCGACAAGGCAAAGUCGGUGCAUGCGGCCGCCAAGGAGAUGGUCUACCUGGCCGAGCAGGGGCUGGGCGAGAAGUCAACGCUGGACACGGCCUGCCAGGAGAUGCUGACGCACGCGACGACACGCGUCAACGAGAGCCAGAACGAGUGCACCGAGAUGCGUAACAUCCUGAAGAUCAGCGAGCUGAAGCUGGAGGUGGCCAACAAUCGCGUGUGCAAGCUGCACUCGCAGCUGAAGGGCGCCAUACGCGCCUCGAGUUUCGAUAUCCGACGCAAUCUUAUGAUGAUCAAUAUUAUUGCUUAUCAGCAUCAGUUGCUUUUUCUGCCAUACUACGAGCUGCGAGCGAACUAUAAUGCGCUGCUGCUCGAGCAGAAGCAGAAGGUGGUGGAGCUGGAGGCGAAGGUGGCGGAAUCGAAGCUGCGAUACAACGAGGCCCUGUCGAGCCUGGAGCGCAUCUCGGAGGAGAUACACCGGCAGCGGAAGGCGCGGGCGAACAGCGUCGAGGACGAGGACGGCGGGUCGGCCGGCUCGUCCUGUUCUUCCACGACGGCGACGGCUCCGCGCAACCGGGGCAAGAUCCUCGCGAUGCACCUGCCGUUCAGCCAGUCGCCGUCGGCGGCCCGGAUCGACUGCAACGACGAGUACCUGGAGUUCCCGGCCAAGCUGACCAUCAAGGCGAGCCCGAUCAAGCAGAAGUACCUCGACAAGCUGGACUGUCCGCACCUGCUGAAGGACUUUGCGUGUCGCAAGGCGAGCCCGAGCGCCGAAAGCGACUCGGACAACUACCAGUUCUCGCCCAAUCCGACCAUCGACGACAUCACCAACAUGUCGUCAGAGGACAUCGAGCAGUGGACGGAGAUCCGGCUGUCCAACUCGAACAGCAGCAGCUCGGGCUACUCGCAGCACAACUCGCUGGUGCUCGAGGACAGCGCGCCGACGCCGCAGGACGAAACGAGCGACUCGUCAUCGGAGGAGACGCCGAAGGCGAAGACGCGCAUAAUCAAGAUGGAAAUGUAUCAUCAGGAGGGCGGCGGUGGCGGUGGUGGUGGUGGUGUCGGCGGGUUUGGUUUAACACGCCGCGCCGAGGGCGGCAUCACGGGCUGGAUAAGCAGCCGGACCGGGUCGGCAAGCGCCGCCACCACCACCGCCGCCACUGCCGGAUCCGCCGGCGCCUCCGGCACGUCAUCGACGUCGAUGGCCGGCCGACGGCAGAGUUUGGACAUCAUCAUCGACACCGGCGACCGGGUGAAGGACGUCUUCACCCAGGGCAUUCAGCGCAUUGGCAAGACGCUCGAGCGGCGCAACAGCGAGUCGGAGGUCGCGCGGGACGACGCCGUCGGCGGGACGGAUUUUUUUCUCUUCCAGCGCUCGGAUCCUGCAAAGGAUGGCCUGUCGGAUGAGCAGGUGGAGAACCUUCUUCUAGAUCAAGACUGCUCAGACAUCUUUCAGAACGUAGUGAACAUAUCAAAAUGAACGCGCGCUUCGCCGCACUCCGACGGCGGCAAGGCGUGUGCCACAAUCAGCCUAGAGUGAGAGGAUGACGGCGGGCGAUAGGAUGAUAUCAAUUUACCGGCCGUUACGGAGGUGGAGACCCAUAUUUGCCGGCGGAACCCAGUGAUCUGCAAAGGUAGUUGGCCGCGUCGAUCGCACUGACUGCACUGAUGCGGGUUCGCGCACACCGUAUGAACGGCAAGCUUUUUCUCCCGGCGAACCGGCCACAUUAUCUCAAACCAUGCGCGAUCAGCCCCUUCUCCAUGGUUUGCAUGCAUCAGCGAAGGAUGCCACACUUUUUUUUUGCCGUAGGAUCAUCUGUAGAAACAAUACCUAGGAACGGGAGCCCGUAAAGCAAUUAUCUUAUUACAAACCAAUACAGUAAGCAAACUAAACUACCGGCCGCGAGGAAGGCACACUGUUUUAAACGUGAAAGUUGUUGAUUUGUCAUAGAUUCUAAUGCCAGCAAUAAAUAUACGACACAAAACGUGU